CAUUCAUUUCUGUUGCAUAGUGCUGUCAGUGAAACAGCAAUUGCAAUUAUCUGCAUAAAACUACUAUUAUUAUUUCUCGUAUUUGGUGUAGUUAAAGUGGAGGAUGUUGACUAUUUCGCAUAGACUCUGCGGAAUAGUAUCCCGGCAGUUAGUAUGCCGUUCUGUCUCUUUGGCAGGUAUUGAAAAACGAGAUUUCAGCUCGGAUAAGUUUAGUAUCAAAGAUGAGGUACUGGAUGGACGACCCCUUUAUUUGGAUGCACAAGCUACUACAUCACUGGAUCCUCGUGUGUUAGAUGCAAUGAUACCGUAUUUGACUGCAUAUUAUGGCAAUCCACAUUCUCGAACCCAUGCCUAUGGUUGGGAAUCAGAGGAAGCGAUGGAGAAAGCACGUUCGCAAGUUGCCAGUUUGAUAGGAGCUGAUACAAAAGAAAUAAUAUUCACGUCUGGAGCAACCGAAUCUAACAACAUAUCAGUCAAAGGUGUGGCUAGAUUCUACGGAACUAAGAAAAAGCAUGUUAUUACGACGCAAACGGAGCACAAAUGUGUUUUGGAUUCUUGCCGUGCCUUAGAGGGCGAGGGAUUUCGAGUAACAUACUUACCUGUACAACAAAGUGGGCUUAUCAAAUUGGAUGACUUGGACAAGGCUAUAACUGAUGAUACUUCUCUUGUAUCGAUAAUGACUGUUAAUAAUGAGAUUGGUGUCAUGCAACCAGUAGCCGAAAUUGGAAAGUUGUGUAAAUCAAAAAAGGUGUUCUUUCAUACUGAUGCCGCUCAAGCAUUCGGCAAGGUUCCGAUAGAUGUGAAUAAAAUGAACAUAGAUUUGAUGUCAAUAUCAGGGCAUAAGAUAUACGGUCCUAAAGGAAUCGGUGCGCUCUAUGUAAGGCGCAGGCCGCGCGUACGAAUCGAGCCUAUUCAAAGCGGUGGUGGCCAAGAACGAGGAAUUCGAAGUGGAACAGUUCCUACACCGUUGGUAGUAGGAUUAGGAGCUGCGUGUGAAAUCGCCAGUCGCGAGAUGGAAUACGAUCACAAAUGGAUGGAAUUUCUUUCAAAACGUUUAAUGGAUAAAAUUUUUGCUGCUUUGCCGCAAGUUAUUCGCAACGGGGAUCCAGUACAUACUUACCCGGGUUGUAUCAAUCUCUCAUUUGCUUUCGUUGAGGGUGAAUCUCUGCUGAUGGCACUGAAGGAUGUAGCUCUUUCGAGUGGAUCAGCCUGUACGUCAGCUUCCCUAGAGCCUUCGUAUGUCCUUCGUGCUAUUGGAGCCGACGAAGAUCUAGCACAUAGUUCGAUUCGUUUUGGAAUUGGACGGUUUACUACUAUCGAAGAAGUUGAUUAUACCGCCGAAAAAUGUAUAAAACAUGUUACUAGACUGCGUGAAAUGUCUCCUUUGUGGGAAAUGGUUCAGGAAGGUAUUGACAUCAAAACUAUUCAGUGGUCUCAACAUUAGAACCGCUAACUAGUAAGAUAGUUUUAGAGCUAGGUUCAUAUGUGUUUGGUAUUGCCUAUAUUUUUAAUUCACUAAGCGGCGCUUUUAAAGGCAAUUAAUCAUCCCGUCUUUGUAACAGUACGAGACAAUAAAAAUGUUAAAUAUAU